GGUACAUAUGUUACACUAAAAUAGGCUUGUGUUAAAUGCAUACAUUAGAGUAGAUAUCAGACGUCGUUAAUACACUAACAACUCAUUAUAUCAUAAUGGUUGCGGUAUUUCAAACAUUUUCAUCCCGAAAAUGCUUUUAACAUCACUUCUCCUUAUCAAGGCAAAUGUGUUGUGAUGUUUGAUAUAUAUGUAUACUUCCGGUGAAGUCAUCGCUUUCAAUGAAUAGUCGUUUUCACACAAACGAUACAUAAUUAGCAAUCGAUGGUUGUCAGGUUGCAUUUGUGAAUGUGGUGUGUGGUGAAAUGAACAACUAUUAUGGACAUACGUAUGCCUAAGAGAAAAGUCGGCAACUGAUUGACCUUAGCGAGGGAGAUGCUAUUAAUCAGUCUACUACUUAACAGGGCAUUGAAUGCACAGGUUUGAAGACCAUUGAAACAUUUAUUGGGUUAUUGAUAUCGUACACAACAUGUGUAUCGUUUGAAGACUUUCGACAUGUUCAUGUUAGCACACAUCUUCUUGGCAUUACAAGUGUUGUUUGCAAGUGGUCAAGUGAUCCUCGAAAGGAACAGUGGACUUGAAAACUGGUUUCCAAACAAUGUUUUGACAACCUUGGGCGUAGUAAAAUCAGCGAUUGAGUGCGGAAUAUUGUGCAAACAGGCGGAAUGUAUGUCUAUUGUUUACGAGACAAUAGACAGGAUCUGUCAUCUCAAUGAUAGAGUCACUAAUAACGUCUCUGAUUAUUCAUGGAAGCUGAACACUCGACAUUACUCAGUUGUUAGUGGAAUCAUCAAUGGAUACGAUUGUGACAUAAUUGACGAUAGUUGUCUCAAAGUAUUGUCUUCUAAACUCUCAUGGACAGCCGGUAGUGCAGAAUGUGGUUCCGAAGGUGCACAACUCCUCAAUAUCGAUAGCAGCAAUAAGCAGCUGGCCAUUCAACAGUUCAUGGCAGACAAAGGGCUUGAUCAUGUCUGGCUGGGAAUUAAUGACAUCACUCAGGAGGGAGACUGGAGGACAGAGGAUGGAACAAAUCCAAUAGCUUACCAAAACUUUAACGCUGGCCAACCCGAUAACUACUACCCAGGUCAAGACUGUGGGUUAAUAACACAGAAUUUUGGAUAUCUUUGGGAUGACGGGGUCUGUCAACAGUCGGUAAAUGUCGUAUGUGAAAGGAAAAAAGUUGGUUCUCUGUAAGUUAAGUAAUUUAAUUGUGCAAACAGACGUUUUGUCAGAGUAUGUAGUAGAGUAACACAUCACGUUCAUGCGACUUCAUCAAUGCCGUAUAUGUUAAACGAGGAAAAGUGAAGAAUCUGAUAUCAGUAAACAAAAAUCUGAUAUAUUUCAGAUAAAUUUAUCUACGGAUAUAAGAGAGAUGACUUGUUAUAUUCAAACUCGAACAGUGUCAGUUGAGGGCUAGUGAUAAAGUGUCGUGACGCCUUAACUAAUCGGCGACCGCGGCCCCAUUUUCCAUGGUAUAUAACAUGUUAAACGAUGGAUUAUAUAUAUAACAUAUAUAAAUAGUUAUGAAACUAUAUAAUCAAUGAUGCUACUGGCCGUUUGAACAUGGCGCUACGUGAAGGUUUAAUUUGUAUAAUCUUUUGAUGGAUAUGGAAUAUAAACAAUGAUUAACAUGUAUAUAUGAAAGUGGCGUGCGUCCAUACACAGAAUUAGAUGUACAGACUGGAUGAUCGUCCUUGACACUUGAAAACUUUGAACAAAUGAGGUCGUUGGAAAUUUUGUUUCAUAUGAAUUUGACAGCAAGAAGAAUUCUUGCACUACAAUAAAAGUUUAGUGGAGUAAGUGAAGAGAUUUUUGUGUAAUGGAUACUCCUGUAAGCGUCGGCUUGGAUGUAUAUAUAUUUGUCAUUAUAAAGUCCCACUCUGUUUUCGCGUGGUAUUGAGAUUCUGUAUACGCCAAGUGAGAAACUAUUGUACAUCCCGUCGGCUCUUAAUAUUUCAUCAUUGUUAGUCAAUGUGAUGUUUGUUAUAUGAAUUGAUAUAAAAACGCUUGGACUUUUCUUUUACUUAUUUGCAUCCCACACAGUUUGCAACAAUUGCCAUGGGGCCAUUUUACAUCCAAAAGGAGAAUGUUUAGACCAUGUAAAGCAAAGGCAGAACCAGAUGUUAACUCCCUAGGAACAGUUUAAUAUUAUGUCUGUACUAUACUGUGGCUGUGCCCUAGAUCCGUUACUAUACUGUGGCCGUGCCCUAGAUCCGUUACUAUACUGUGGCCGUGCCGUACAUCCGUUACUAUAUUAUGGCCGUGCCCUAGAUCCAUUACUAUACUAUGGCCGUGCCCUAGAUCCGUUACUAUACUA